AACUUUAGAAAUUAUUUUAAAAUGUCUGAAUUAUGUUUUCCACGGGGCAAGCCAACGACAACAACACAAAAACGUAAAUUUCAAGAUAAUGGAAACGAAAACUUAUUUACUGAGAAUCGUUUUAAAACUUCCGAAAAAAAAGAUAAAAAAAUUCGGAAAAAAGAAAAAGAUUUUGAGGAGGAUAUUGAAGAAGAAAUUGUUAAAAAACAAAACGUAGAAGUUUUGCAAUUUAAGAAAGUUGAAGUUGGAAUGUUGUUUGUGGGGUGUGUAAAAGACAUUUACGAACUUGAACUGGUCAUGUGUCUACCUGAUCAUUUGAUAGGUUACGUAAAAGCAACGAGAAUAUCCCGAACAUUCAGCGAAAAGUUGGAGAAAACUUUGUAUUGUGAUGAAACGACGACUCCUUUGAACGAAAUAUUUAAAGUUGGGGAGUUGUUGGUAUGUUCGGUGGCAAGUGUCAAUCCCGUCACAAAAAGUUUACAACUCUCUAUCGACCCCCAGUGUGUUAACGCAAAUCUUAAUUUCACUGCCCUCCACCCCGGGAUGUUCGUCGCCGCUUCCGUUAAAUCAAAAGAAGAUCACGGUUUCCAGCUCGAUAUUGGAAAAGAUGGGACAUCGGGGUUUUUGCCGCUUAAAUAUAAAGAUCCCGAGACACAUCUACCAACAGGGGGGGUUAUACGCUGUGUCAUCGUCGAGGUGAAAAAUGGCGGAAAAAUUUUAAUUCUUUCAAAUGAGAAGAAGAAAAUGAACAAAACUUUGGUAAGAUUUCUAUGAAAUAUAAUUUAAC